AUGAAGUAUUCCAUCGUCCUCCCGCUUCUCGCUACCACUGUCCUUGCGGCUCCUGUGAUCGAAGAACGUCAAGAAGCAGCUUGCCCUGCAAUUCCCUCCACUUUCCCAUCAGCCACCAACGCAAAGUUGCCCAAUCCUUUCAAAUUCUUCGAUGGCACAGCCGUAACCACAAAGGCACAAUUCGACUGCAGGAACAAGGAAGUCAGCGCCGCUAUCCAGGCCCAGGAGCUUGGUGACUUCCCCAAGAAGCCGUCCUCCGUUACUGCUACCUUCUCUGGCACCUCGCUCGCGAUCACAUCUACCGAAGGCGGGAAGUCGGUUUCUUUCUCUGUCACUAUCAAGAAGCCCAGUGGUGCCGGACCAUUCCCAGCCAUCAUCGCUUAUGGUGCAGCUAGCAUCCCAGUUCCCGCAACUGUGGCGACCAUCACCUUCAACAACGAUGAUAUUGGCCAACAAUCGGGUGGCUCCAGCCGUGGUAAGGGCAAGUUUUAUGACCUUUACGGCUCCAGCCACAGUGCUGGCGCAACCACUGCCUGGGCAUGGGGUGUGGACCGCAUCAUGGACGCCCUGGAACUUACUGCUUCAAGCACUGGUAUUGAUCCCAAGCGCGUCGGUGUGACCGGCUGCUCCCGUAACGGAAAGGGUGCUUUUAUUGCCGCCGCUCUCGUCGACCGUAUCGCUCUCGGCCUACCCCAGGAGUCUGGCUCUGGUGGUGCCGCCUGCUGGCGUAUCUCCGACUCAGAGAAGGCCAAGGGCAAGAACAUCCAGACCUCUAGCCAGAUCGUUACGGAGAAUGUGUGGUUCUCCACGCGCUUCAACGCCUUCAGCACAAAGGCGAACACGCUGGCCACUGAUCACCAUCAGCUCGCUGGUAUGGUCGCGCCUCGCGGCCUGCUCGUCAUCGAGAACGAGAUCGACUGGCUUGGUCCCGGCUCGACGACUGCUUGCAUGAAGGCUGGUCGUCUCAUAUACAAGGCGUACGGCGUGCCCGCCAACAUGGGCUUCACCGGUUCUGGCAACCACAACCACUGCUCUUUCCCAUCGAACCAGGGAGCUGACCUCACUGCGUUUAUCAACAAAUUCUUGCUCAAUCAAAGCGCGGAGACAAACAUUGAGAAGGGACCAGCGGGGACUGACGCCUCUCAAUACAUUGACUGGACUGCGCCUACGCUCACUUAG